UCUCUCUCUCUCUCUCUCUUCCUCUCUCUGCAACAUUUAGCAACCUUUUCCUUCUCGCCUUCGCAUCGCGUCCGAUUCGCAGCACGACUUAGGGUUUCUUCGCGCUCUCGACGAGCUCUCCCCCAGUUCCGGUUCGUAUGUCUUCCGAGUCACUGAGAAGCUUACUGGGAAUUAUGACAACGUCAUGGGCUGAUUCCGUUGCCGCAUCGGAGAAGGCGGCGACUAAAUUUCCCCCCGAUCAAGCUCACGAACCGCGCCUGGCGAGACCCACAUACGUUCCUCCCCACCUCCGCAGCAGGCCACUGUCCUCUGGUUCUCCUGCUCCGCCAAGUGCCGCCACAUCCGCUGUGAAUGAUCGCGCUGUGAACGAUCGCGGCAGUUAUGGUGGGCCUCCUGCUGGGUCCCGAUCGACUGGUGGGUUUAGACCUGAUGUUGGGCGCGGUGGUCAUGUUCCCUCAGGUGGUUGGAAUGGAAGAAGUGGAGGACGGGACCGUGGAAGAGAUCGCGAGGUGAAUCCUUUUGCCGACAAGGAUACAUUCGAACAGGGGUUUCUUGAGCAAGAAAAUGCGGUGAUCAAUUUCGACGCAUAUGAGGACAUUCCUGUGGAGGCCACUGGGGAUAACGUGCCUCCUCCUGCGAAUACCUUUGCAGACAUAGACUUAGGGGAUGCGUUGAAUUUGAAUAUUCAGAGAUGCAAGUACGUGAAGCCAACGCCAAUUCAGCGCCAUGCAAUUCCGAUUUCUCUUGCAGGGCGGGAUCUGAUGGCUUGUGCUCAGACAGGGUCUGGGAAGACCGCUGCUUUCUGCUUUCCAAUAAUUAGUGGAAUAAUGCGAGGGCAGUAUGUGCAGAGACCGCGUGGAAGAAUUGCGUAUCCUCUUGCUCUGAUUCUUUCCCCUACUAGGGAGCUCUCUAUUCAGAUACAUGAGGAAGCAAGGAAGUUUUCAUAUCAAACUGGUGUCAAGGUUGUAGUUGCUUAUGGAGGGGCACCUAUCGUUCAACAGUUACGCGAACUUGAAAGGGGAGUUGAAAUUCUAGUUGCAACUCCAGGGAGAUUGGUUGAUUUGCUUGAAAGAGCCCGAGUAUCUCUGCAGAUGAUUCAAUAUUUGGCUCUUGAUGAGGCAGAUCGAAUGUUAGAUAUGGGUUUUGAACCUCAGAUAAGGAAAAUUGUGGAACAGACGGGAAUGCCUCCACGUGGUAUUAGGCAGACAAUGCUGUUUAGUGCCACUUUCCCAAAGGAGAUUCAGAGGCUCGCUUCUGAUUUCCUUUCAAACUACAUAUACUUGACUGUUGGAAGGGUCGGCUCUAGUACUGAUUUGAUUGUUCAAAGAGUUGAGUAUGUCCAUGAGUCUGACAAGAGGAGCCAUCUUAUGGACCUUCUCCAUGCGCAAAUAGAAAAUGGGGUUCAUGGAAAGCAAGCUUUGACAUUGGUUUUUGUGGAGACAAAGAGGGGAGCAGAUUCCUUAGAAAACUGGUUAUAUACAAAUGGGUUUCCUGCUACUACCAUCCAUGGGGAUAGAUCACAGCAAGAAAGAGAACUGGCAUUGCGAUCAUUCAAGAGCGGAAGAACUCCAAUCCUAGUUGCAACUGAUGUUGCAGCGCGUGGUCUUGACAUCCCUCACGUCGCCCAUGUGGUCAACUUUGAUCUUCCCAAUGACAUUGAUGAUUACGUUCACCGGAUAGGACGGACAGGGCGAGCUGGCAAAACAGGACUAGCAACAGCCUUCUUUAAUGAGAACAACUCAUCGCUGGCGAGGCCACUAGUUGAAUUGAUGCAAGAGGCAAAUCAGGAAGUGCCUGCUUGGCUCCCACGCUACGCAUCAAGGUCACAUGGUGGUGGCAAAAAUAGGCGUUCUGGAGGUCGAUUUGGUGGGCGCGAUUUUAGACGGGAAGGCUCAUUCAACAGAGGUACAGAUCACUACGGCGGAGGAUAUAAUAGCACUGGAUAUGGUAUUUCUGCUGGUUAUGGUGCGUAUGGAGCAUACGGUACAGGGGUCACCAGCGCUUGGGAUUAGUUUUACUGAGAUUGGAUGCGGUUACCAAUUCAUGAUCCGGCGUGUACAGAAUGAAAACCUCAUUCUCGAUACUACAAGAAUUUUUAUGAAGCCUUUCGUUUGCUGCUCUUCAUGCGGUAGGUAGUUUAUCCUGCCGUCCUAUUUUACCGUGUAAAUAUAUGCUAAGUCCACUAAUGCACAGGAUGAAUUCUAGUUUUAGUCCCCCUCUUAUGUGGGCACAUGCUUUUGUACAUAUCUUGGAAGGCUAGGCUUUUAUGAGGCAUUGGCUGUCUCUCACGAGCAGUUGUGACUUCCGGUAAAGCUGCCGUUUGGUUCUUAAAUCCUAUGCUUCAUGCUCGUUUUCAGUUUGUUGA